UGGAGCGGGCAGCCGGCCCCGCGGGCGCUGGGAUGGCGGCGGAGGUGGCGGCGGAGGUGGCGGGGCCGCCAGCCCCCCGCUGCCUGCUGGAUGACCCCGUGCAGAUCCGCGUGGCGGGUCUCGCACCGUGGCAGGCCGUCACCCUCCGCGCCAGCCUGCGGGACGAGAGCGGGGAGCUCUUCGAAGCCCACGCCCGCUACAGAGCGGGCAGCAGCGGCGAGCUGGACCUCGGCCGCUCCCCGGCGCUGGGGGGCAGCUACCGGGGCGUGGAGCCCAUGGGGCUGCUCUGGUCUCUGCGGGCUAAAGCUCCCUACAAGCGCCUGGCAAAGAGGAACGUCCUGACCCCUUUCCGCGUGGACCUGGAGGUGUACGAGGGCCACGGGGACAUGAGCUGCUUGCUGGGAAAAUGCACCAACGAGCGAUGGGUUUUGGGAGAGGGGGUGAAGAGGAUUUCAGUCAGAGAAGGUCGUCUGAAAGCAACCCUCUUCCUCCCUGCUGGACGUGGUCCAUUCCCUGGGCUUAUUGAUUUGUAUGGAUCGGGAGGAGGUCUUGUUGAAUACAGAGCGAGUCUCCUGGCUAGCAGAGGCUUCGUGACGCUGGCUCUUGCCUACAUGGCCUUUGAAGAUCUCCCAGCUAUGCCAGACGUUCUUGAACUGAGUUAUUUUGAGGAAGCUGUGAACUUUUUGCGGAAGCAGCCACAGGUGAAAGACACAGGGAUUGGUGUUUUGGGCUUGUCUAAAGGAGCUGAUCUAGCCCUUUCCAUGGCCACGUUUCUACCUGGCAUCAAGGCAGCUGUCAGCAUAUCUGGAAGCGGGUUUAAUAGCUUAAUUCCCCUGCAGGGGGAUGGUUUCACUCUUCCUGCCCACCCGUAUGAUUUGGGGAGGAUGAAGACCAGGGAUGAAUCUGGCCUAGUAGAUUUUUCAGAUGUCCUACAUGAUCACAGGGACCCCGCGACUUGGGAUUGCCACAUUCCCAUGGAGAGGUCCUCGGCUAAGUUCCUCUUCCUGUCCGGACUGGAUGACAUGAACUGGAAAAGUGACCUCUAUUGCCGGGAUGCUGUCCAGCGCCUUCGGCAGUAUGGACGGGAAGUAGAGUUCUGCUCCUACUCUGGAGCGGGGCACCUCUUGGAGCCACCAUACUUGCCUCUGUGCCAGGCUUCGAUCCACAAAGUGCUUGGGGUGUUUGUGCACUGGGGAGGGCAAUGGAGGGAGCAUGCCAAAGCCCAAGAGGACGCGUGGCGCAGGAUACAGGCCUUCUUCUGGCAACACUUGGUGGACUCAGACAUCCCUAGGAGUAAGAUGUAGAGGCAGCUGUCAAAGAUGGGGAACCAGGGCUGGUAUUUCAGCUCUAACUGAAUCGUGGAGGCUUAUCAAAAGUUUCCUGGCUUGCCCUCCUCUAAACCCCACUGUUGCAUAGCUGUUUAUUUUCAUUCCCCUUCCAUUUUUCAGUUGAAUUUUAGUUGUCUUUGGCCCCAGCUGCGCUGCAGAUUGGCACCAUUUUAUAUGCCCGUGUGCUGUAGUCACCUGAGGAAAACCCGUCAUCCCAUCAUGUGCAUUGCAUUUGUACUGAGGCUAUUGUUGCCCUCAAUCUCCGACUGUCUCCUUUUGUAGCAGGGAAUGCUCUCAUAGGAGGAGUUUUCCCUUGAAUAGUUUAGUUUUCCAGUUUUAACGAACCUAGAUGUAAACGGCACUUUCUUGGGGCAACACAUUAGUACACUCACCUUUCUUCAUGGUAUAUCAUUUUCUCACAUUUCUUAGUAAAAAGGUUGUGACAGUUCCGGUCUCAGCUAAGCAAAGAGGUACUCUUCUGACUUAUUUUGAAGUGCCGUGAUAACAUUUUAUUGCUGGUCCCUCAAAACCCAGAAGUGAAUCUUACUGAGGUCACGCUGGUUGUAUCUCCUGCUGACUCCAGAUAAGUUACACAUCAGAGUAAAGCGUCUGCUGCACUACUCAAUAAAUGCAGUGUGUAUGGGUGUACGCA